AUGUCGGACAAAACACCGAAUCCUACUUGGGCUGAUGGGCUCAGCGACAGCCGUGAAAUGCCGUCUUCUGCUGCCACAGCUGAUGGUGCUGCACAGGAGGCUCCUGGCUCCUCUGAGUGGGUAGACCAAAUACCAAUUGGAACAGACGAUGAGGAAAUCGAGGAAAUUGAGGACUUUGGAAACGACUCUCUCGUUUAUGUCCCGCCAAUUGAACCGCCGAAAAUUCAGCAGAAUACGUUUCUCCUCAUUCAACAACAGCCAACAAGCUGGCAGGGCGGCCAGCCGCUACACAAGCCGAUUCCACAUUACGCUGUUCAAGUAGAACUUGAACCGCUCCAGGCUCCACCAAGCGCACUGCCACCACAGGCAGAAGCACAGGAAGCUGCACAGGAAGCAUCAUCAAACCCAGAGAUCCUACCACUGACGAGCCUUGACAUAAAUGUUCUGCAUGAGCGCUUUCCACCUAUGCAGCAGCAGACUUGCAGGCUGCAGGGCUCCAUGCCCCAAGCUUGGCGAAGUGGCCUGUCUAGUGCCUUCGUUCCAUAUCGCCCAACUGUUGACCCCGAGAACGAUCCCCCGGGAGCACAAGCACUGGAAAGCUUGGUACACGGUCAGCCGACAGGUGCGCUGAGUGGCCGCGGACACGCAGGCAGACACGCACACGGACGCGGACGCGAACGCCGACGCGCACGCGCACGCGGACACGGACACGGACAUGGACACGAGCACGAACGUGGACCCGGGCGCGGACACGGAGCCCCAUUGCUGGACCUGGCACCCACCAGAGGGGCACAGUCCAUGCUAGGACAGGAUGUGGGUGUGUUGCCCGGGACAAGCCAUGACGAUAACGCACCAGGGCCACUGCUGGACCUUAAUCCUGAGUUUCGUGAAAGCCCCGAACCACUACGUUCCACAUUAUUUUCACAGUUUUGGAAAGAGUAGCCAUACAUAUCUGUCGGCCUGCCCGAUUGUAUCUGUCGGCUGGGAAGAAAGUCUUUGUUCCCAUGGAAGCAGAUCAUACAAAGGCGAAGCACGACUCAAGCCAGCUGACGGGGACCACGGCCACAGGAGAUGGGUAUUUUUUCCGCUCGAACAACACACAUAUCACUCAUACACCAUUCUAUUUUUAAAACUAGAUCUAACAAUACACUCAUGGUAUCAGUUCAAAAUUAUAUAAAAGUUUCGUAUACAAGACAAUACACAGAAUCGAUCGAACAAAAAAGAAUUGUAAUUUCUUAAAAAUUAUAAUGAUUCAAUGAAAAUAUAUUUAUGUAUACAUCCGACAA